UUAUAAGAAUUAUGUUUCGGUCCGUGUCUGCGCACAUCAACAGUAACAGCAGCUCUACACUUUACACUUUACACUUUUACAGCUCUCGUCAGUUCACAUCGAAGACUAUGAAUCGUAGAACGCUAUAGAUUAUUCCAUAGAUAUUUUAAUUAAAAAAAUGGACCAAAAACAGCGCCUAAAGACCCAAAUGCAUUUAUGAAUGUAUUGCUAUGCUUUGAAAUUAUUUCAACUUUGAUUAUGAUAUUAGUUUAUGCGAGUCGUGUUCCUUACGUCACGCGCCCACACAAAGUUAUAAUCAUACCAUUUCAUUUGGUUAUCAGGAAAUCUAUAUUGUUAAAUUAUGGCUUCUGUUAAAAGCAAUGCUUGUGAUUCUGUGAGAGUUGGCCGAAAAGUGAGUGUUGGUGCAUACACUGGAUUUGCUCGAUAUGUCGGUCCGAUUCCUGGAACAGAAGAUAUUUGGGUGGGAGUCGAAUGGGAUGAUCCAAACAGAGGUAAACAUGAUGGAAUUCAUGACGGCAUCAGAUAUUUUAAAACCUUACAUCCUAAUGGGGCAUCAUUUGUACGUUUAGAAAAAGUGAUACCUAAUAGCAUUAGUUUUAUAACUGCUUUUCGAAGUAAAUAUGGCCAAGAUUUUGAUGAUAAUGUUCAUCAGGAGAUAAUGGCAUUGAUGAAACAGUCUAAAAUGGCAUCUUUUGAACUAGUUGGAAUGCAAAAAAUUCAGAAAAAGCAAGCAUGUUUUGAUAAGUUAAUUGAUGUAAGUCUAAGUCAUCAUGGUAUAACGGAUGCUGGCGAACCAGAUGAAAUACAAGAUUGUUGUCCAAAUAUUGAGAAUUUAGAGCUUUGUAAUAAUUGUUUUACUGAUUGGGAAACAGUAUCAGAAAUAACUCGACAAUUAAAACAUUUAACAACCUUAAAUUUAAGCUUUAACACUAUUGAUUUACCAAAAGAAAUAAAUCCGCACUUCAAGGAAUGUUUUAAAUGCUUGAAGAAAAUUAUUUUAGGUAAACUCAAUUACAGCUGGCAUGAAAUCAUGACUUUAUCUGAAGCAUUUCCAGUUCUUGAAAUGUUAGAGGUCCCAGAUAACAAUAUCGAUAGACUUGAAAGACCUUCAGUGGCCAUGGAGAAUAUUUUGUACUUGAACCUGGAAAAUAAUAGUUUAUCAUGGCAAGAAAUCAAUAAAUUGCGUUUUUUACCAAAAUUAGAAUGUUUAAAUGUCAAUCGAAAUGGGAUAAAAGAUAUUCAAAUUGUACCAUCAUCGUUUCCUUCACUUAAAUUUCUGAUGAUCAGUGACAAUGACUUAUUAUAUUUUGAAUCAUUGUGUGAGCUUAAUAAACUACCAACGUUAUGUUCUUUAAGAAUUCAAAAUAAUCCUCUACUUAAAGGAAUGAGUGUUAGCAAUUACACUUUACAAAUAAUAGCAAGAAUUGCUAAUUUAACGAUGUUAAAUGGAACCAUGAUUACACUUAAAGAACGACAAAAUAAUGAAAGAGAUUUCUUAAAAGAUUUGGACAUGAUUUGGCAUAGACAAUUAAAAAGUGCAGAAGAAAGAGCUGAAUUCUUAACCAAACACCCGAGAUAUAUGGAACUCAUUGCUAAAUAUGGUUCUGAUUAUUCGGAAGACCUGAACACAUCAAACAAAAUAAAGACAAUAAAAGUAAGAAUUGUAAACUUUUGUAAAGAAUCGAAUACAGAAAAGGAUGUAAUAAUAAAAACACUUCCAAUUACUAUGACUCUUAAUCGUUUCAAAGAUCUUGGAAAACGUUUAUUUGGUCUAGGCAACAGGCAACUUGAAUUUUCAUACGUAACAAAAGAGAAACCGGAUAUUGAAUAUCCCAUGGAAAACAUGAAUCAAACAUUAGACUAUUAUUCUGUUGAAGAUGGAAACACAGUACUAAUUAAAUGGUGAAAAUAAUAAUGCAGUCUUAAUUUUUAAUCAUUAAUUUAUUAUUUGUAUUUUU